AUGAACUCCCUGAACAUCCUAACGGCCCGCGUGUCGCCGCCCCCAAGCCCGGGACAGUCGCGAUCCAACAGUAUAGGCUCCAUUGGAAUCGGUCUCACCUCCGAAGACCAAGACGAUAACGAGAGACCAUCCGGUCACGAGACCGAGCCAUUCCCUCAAGACACUAUUGACGAAUCGCGAUUCGAACCCGAAAAUAAGCCCGCCGACGAGGACACCCCAUUGCUCGGCGACACAGGAGAAACCGGAAGUCGAAGCUCGUGGUGGCACUCUAUCCCUCGACGUAUUGCUUCUAGCAUUAUCGGUUCCCUUCGCUGGGUUCUUGCGACAUUGGCCUCCCCAGGCGUAUAUCUUAUCGCUUGUUUCUACGACGAGUACGGCAAUUUCGCCCCCUUUGCACAGCUUGGAAAACUAUUUGGACUACACGGAAAUCGACAUAAAGCUAUGGAAGAGCCUGACGCCAUCUCUGAAAAGGAGUAUGGCAGGACUUCGGGAUACAGGAGGCUCGCGCCGAGACAAAGGCCCGUAUCAUCUUCUUCGACAUCAUCAGGCCUCUCUUCGGAAUCGGAAUCGGAAGGAUCACGGUCAGGUAGUCUUAGUCGGCAUGCUCGGUCCAAAUCGCUACAGCCUGCAGAGGAGUCGGGUCCUACCAGGAGAUCUAUUCGAAUCAAGCUCAACAGCGACGAGGAUCUCAGGCAACGGAAGCACAGGAAAACGCAAUCAGCAGUCGCGCGAACCAAGGCUAGUGAUCUAGGCGGCGACCUUUCGGCGCAUCUCAAGUCUCCUACUUCUCCCAUCGCAGCACUUACCAAAUACCCGAAGACACCGGCACCGCCUCGACCUUUGAUCCCCCGCAGACAGCCGUCCUACAUCAACGUUGAACCGUCGGCGCACCCGCAGAAGACUUUGAUUCUAGAUCUAGACGAGACUUUGAUACACAGCAUGUCCAAGGGCGGACGGAUGAGCACCGGACACAUGGUUGAAGUACGCUUGAACACGACAUAUGUUGGGGUUGGAGGGCAGACAUCCAUUGGGCCGCAGCAUCCUAUCCUAUACUGGGUCAACAAGCGACCUUACUGCGACGAAUUCUUAAGGCGGGUGUGCAAGUGGUAUAAUCUGGUUGUGUUCACAGCGUCGGUGCAAGAGUACGCAGACCCAGUGAUUGACUGGCUAGAGACGGAGAGGAAAUUCUUCUCGGCGCGCUACUACCGCCAGCACUGUACAUUCCGCCAAGGAGCUUUUAUAAAGGACCUAAGCUCGGUCGAGUCCGACCUCAGCAGGGUGAUGAUUCUGGACAACAGCCCUUUGAGCUAUCUGUUUCACCAAGACAAUGCCAUCCCUAUCCAGGGGUGGAUCAACGACCCUACAGAUACAGAUCUGAUGCACCUGGUGCCAUUGUUGGAGGGCCUGCAGUAUGUACAUGAUGUGAGGGCGUUGCUGGCCCUGCGGGGUGGUGAGGAUGGGCAGCAUAUGGCAUAA